AUGGCUCAUAGCAUAGCGAACACACUACAUCUGCCACGUAUCAAAACAUUCUUGCGGCAGAUUAUGGGUGGGGCUAUGGCAAGAUGUUUCCCGUGUGCAGAUACUAGAGUUAUACACACAGGAUGCUUUGUUGCCAAUGCCAAAGGUGCUAUAACUGGGGCAAAAGAUGCAGUGACGAACACUGUGGCUGGGUCCAAAGAUUCUGUAGCCAUCACUAUCACGGGGGUGGGGGACAAGACCAAUGGAGCAGUGACUGGCAGCCCAGAGAGGACCAAGUCUGUAGUCAACCGUGGCAUCAACACAGUUUUCGGGAGUCGGAUGGUGCAGCUCAUGAGCAGCAGGGUAGAAAAUGCACUUGCCAAGUCGGAGCUCCUGGUAGACCAGUACCUCCCUCUCAUUCAGGAAGAGCUAGAGACAGAAGCAAAAAAAGUGGAAGGAUUUGAUAUGGUUCAGAAGCCAAGUUACUAUGUUAGAUUGGGGUCCCUGUCCACCAAGCUCUGCUCCCGGGCCUAUCAGCAGGCUCUCAGCAGGGUUAAAGAUGCCAAACAGAAAAGCCAGGAGACCAUUUCUCAGCUUCUUACUGUCCAUCUGAUUAAAUUCGCCAGGAAAAACAUGCAGGGUGCCCAGGAUAAGCUCUCUGUCUCGUGGGUGGAGUGGAAGAGAAGCAUUGGCUACGAUUACACUGACGAGUCCCACUGUGCUGAGAAGCACAUCGAGUCACGUACUCUGGCUAUCACCCGCAACCUGACUCAGCAGCUCCAAACUAAGUGCCAGACUCUCCUGUCCAACGUCCAAGGGUUACCACAGAAUGUCCAAGAUCAGGCCAACCACUUGGGGGUGAUGGCAGGCGACAUCUACUCAGUGUUCCGCAAUGCUGCCUCCUUCAAAGAAGUGUCUGACGGCUUCCUCACUUCCAGUAAGGGGCAGCUGGAGAAAAUGAAAGAAUCCUUAGAUGAUGUGAUGGAUCACCUUGUUAACAACACGCCUCUCAACUGGCUGGUGGGUCCCUUUUAUCCUCAGUCUACUGAGCCUCAGAAUGCAGAGGUGAACAAGACCAGCCAGAAGGUCCAGCAGCCUGAGCUCAAAACUCACUAAACCUGUCCUUGUCACCAGUGCAUGAUGUUAGCCGGGUGAUGCCUUUUGCUAGUUUGAAAUUAACCCAAUAGAUGACUUUAGAUUGGAAAAGGAGCUAGUUCAAACAAAG